UCAAGGUCGUCCAGGCCAAUGCUCGUUUGAGUACGUUCUCGCCCCGUUCUUCCCGUUCUGUCGUGGCGUCAUCACGACCCUCGAGGAGAUGGAAGAGAGCUUGUCAUUGAUCCAAUGCUAACGAGCAAUUGCAGCCCGCUCCAUGGCCACCGAGACCAAGGCCGUCAGUGCCGGUAAGGUCAAGACCAUCAUUGGUGCCGUCGUCGACGUUCAGUUCGACUCCGAGUCCCUUCCCCCUAUUCUUAACGCCCUCGAGGUCCAGGACUUCCAGGGUGGUCGCCUCGUUCUCGAGGUUGCCCAGCACUUGGGAGAGAACACCGUCCGUACCAUUGCCAUGGACGGUACUGAGGGUUUGGUCCGUGGUGCCAAGGUUGUCGACACCGGUAACCCCAUCAUGGUUCCCGUUGGUGCCGGUACCCUCGGCCGUAUCUUGAACGUCAUUGGUGAGCCCAUCGACGAGAGAGGACCCAUCAAGGCCGACAAGUACCUCCCCAUCCACGCUGAUGCCCCCGAGUUCGUUGACCAGUCCACCGCUCCCGAGGUUCUCGAGACCGGUAUCAAGGUCGUCGACCUUCUCGCCCCCUACGCCCGUGGUGGUAAGAUUGGUCUCUUCGGUGGUGCCGGUGUCGGUAAGACCGUCUUCAUUCAGGAGCUUAUUAACAACGUCGCCAAGGCUCACGGUGGUUACUCCGUCUUCUGUGGUGUCGGUGAGCGUACUCGUGAGGGUAACGACUUGUACCACGAAAUGAUUGAGACCGGUGUCAUCAAGCUUGACGGUGACUCCAAGGCCGCUCUCGUCUUCGGACAGAUGAACGAGCCCCCUGGUGCCCGUGCCCGUGUCGCUUUGACCGGUUUGACCAUUGCUGAGUACUUCCGUGACGAGGAAGGUCAGGAUGUGUUGCUCUUCAUUGACAACAUUUUCCGUUUCACCCAGGCCGGUUCUGAGGUGUCUGCCCUUUUGGGUCGUAUUCCUUCCGCUGUCGGUUACCAGCCCACCCUCUCCACCGACAUGGGUCAGAUGCAGGAGCGUAUUACCACCACCAAGAAGGGUUCCAUUACCUCCGUCCAGGCCGUCUACGUCCCUGCUGACGAUUUGACUGACCCUGCCCCCGCUACUACUUUCGCUCAUUUGGACGCCACCACUGUCUUGUCCCGUGGUAUCUCCGAGUUGGGUAUCUACCCCGCUGUCGACCCCCUCGACUCCAAGUCCCGUAUGUUGGACCCCCGUAUCUUGGGUGAGGAGCACUACCGUGUCGCUACCCAGACCCAGCGUAUGCUUCAGGACUACAAGUCUCUCCAGGACAUCAUUGCUAUUUUGGGUAUGGACGAGUUGUCUGAGGCCGACAAGUUGACUGUCGAGCGUGCGCGUAAGAUUCAGAGGUUCAUGUCCCAGCCCUUCGCUGUCGCUGAGGUUUUCACUGGUAUUGAGGGUAAGCUCGUCUCUCUUAAGGACACCAUCCGUUCCUUCAAGGAGAUCAUCGAGGGUAAGCACGACAACUUGCCUGAGGGUGCUUUCUACAUGGUUGGUGCUAUUGAGGAUGCCCAGGCUAAGGCUGCCACCAUUGCCAAGGAGCUUGCUGGCAGGGCUUAA